UGCCGACACUGGCCACAGGCUGAGUCAUUGUUUAAUCACUUUUUCUCACGGAGUAACCGUCGUAGGGAUUAGACUACGAUACACAUGGCUUCGUAACUCUGCUGAUCUUCACGAUGGCCUCUACCUCGAGUGUUCGGACCUGUUAUAACUGCGGAGACCCCAACCAUUUUGCAAGAUGGUGUCCACACAAGACUGCUGCGGCGACCGGUAACUUAGGAACUGGCAAUGCUCCUAUUCUUACACUUCCAACCCCACCCAUCUCGCUUCCAACUCUGCCUCCUCCUCCUCCUCCUCCUGCCUCACAGACUACCGUUGGAGGAGUGUCCGGUAAUACCAAUGGUCAAUAUACUAAAGGGAGUGGGUGGUUUAACCUUAAUCAGCGUAUGGCGGUAUUGGAAGAGACUGUUGUGAAGAUGAAGACCUGGUACGACUUGGCUAUGGCAAAUGAAUUAGCUCGUAAGGAAGAAGAAGAGAAGUUGAAGAAGGCGAAAGAAGAGGAAGAGCGACGAUUGUUAGAUAAGAAAGAACGGGAGGCGCUUAACAAGGAAUUGCAUGAUGCCAUGAAUGCUCGGUUGGAUGUCGUAUAUGAAGCAGUACGUGGUCAGAAGCAGGCAGACGUUUCUGGAGAAGAGAAAAUGGAGAAGUUGUUGAAGGAGAUCGAGAAACUUCAGGUGGCUCAAAGCGAGGUCACCAAUAAUUCAGGCGCGUCGACGAGUAGACCUUCCGUCCAUGAUGAUGCCUUGCUUGCGAAGAUGAUGCAAGAACACGAAGAUAUGAAACGACGAGUGGCAUUGGCAUCGGCCGCCAACAAGCGGGCGGAAACCUUGGAAGCGUCACUUCGGACGAUCAAGCAGCAGCAGGAGUUGGCGAUGCAAGAGGUGGAAACGUGGAAGAAGGAGGCCUUACGUACCGGCAACAAACGGAGUCGAUUGGCGACGUCAUCGUCUGCACAGUUGAAGAUACCUGCUACACCGCCGAGGAAGUCUUCAAAUGACAGACCUUCUAUUGACCCUUUGCAGCUCGCUCAAUUACACACGUUGGAAGUCAACGCACUCAAAGAACUCCGGUUAAAUAGUUAAAUUGGAGAAGGGAGGCUGAACAGGAGAAUGCACGAUUGAAAGAAGAACUUGCUAAGCGUG